AUGAAGCUGAUUGUGUUGUUGUGCGUCGUCACUCUGAUCUCGGUUGACUGUCGACCUGCUGUGGCUCCUCCCUCCCACCAUCGGCUCCUCCUUCCUGGACCGCUGCUGCUCCACCUGGGGGAGGAGUUUUCCCUGCAGCUGGCGGGAGGCUCCUCCUCUUCAUCAGUGCACCAGGCUCUGCUGGAGCUGACACAGCGCCCCCUGCAGGCCGGGCUGAAGGAGAAGAGGUCGGAGGAACCCCCCAUCUCCCUGGACCUGACGUUCCACCUGCUCAGGGAGGUCCUGCAGAUGGCGAGGGCCGAGCAGAUCGCCCAGCAGGCCGACAGCAACCGCAGGAUGAUGGACGCCUUCGGGAGAUAG